CCCACUCCCAGUGCCGGGACAGUCCCGGCGCCAGGCUGGCGCUGAAUCCUCGGCUCUCAGAUGCAGCACGACCAGCAGAUGCCACCGACAGCUGGGGUCUUUGUCCCCAUCGCUGCACAGACCGCGGGAAGAGAUGUGACUUCAGGUCAUCGUCACCACCCCUGAGCCUAACCAUCCUCUCCUGUGGCCAUGGAGAAUUCCUCCCUCCCUGAAAUCAAUUCUUCAUGUGCAGACUGCGCUGGGGGAGGACAUGGGAGUCUGAAUAUGUCCACUACUCCACUAAGCCCCAGGUACUACAUCACAGUGCCUGUCAUCUACUCAGUCAUCUGUGCCGUGGGACUGACAGGUAACACUGCUGUCAUCUAUGUAAUCCUCAAAGCACCAAAGAUGAAAACGGUAACCAACAUCUUCAUCCUCAACCUGGCCAUUGCUGAUGAGCUCUUUGCCUUGGUGCUGCCCAUCAACAUUGCUGACUACCUGCUCCUGCAGUGGCCCUUUGGAGAGUUCAUGUGCAAGCUCAUCAUCUCCAUAGACCAAUACAACAUUUUCUCCAGCAUCUACUUCCUCGCUGUCAUGAGCAUUGACCGCUACCUCGUUGUGGCAGCCACCACCAAGUCCAGGAAGGUGUCCUACCGCACCUACAAAGCUGCCAAGAUUGUGAGCCUCUGUGUCUGGUCCUUUGUCACUGUCAUCAUCCUGCCCUUCACUGUGUUUGCUAAGAUACACACAGAGCAGGGGCGCUCCCAGUGCGUCUUCGUGUUCCCCCACCCCGAGAGCGUGUGGUGGAAAGGCAGUCGGAUCUACACCCUCAUUUUAGGUUUUGUCAUCCCAGUGUCCACCAUCUGCACCCUGUACACCACCAUGCUGUGCAGACUGAGACAUAUGCAGCUCCACUGCAAUGCAAAAGCUCUGGACAAAGCCAAAAGAAAGGUGACGCUGAUGGUGGCUGCUAUCCUGGGUGUGUGCCUGCUCUGCUGGACGCCCUUUCACCUUAGCACAGUGUUGGCCCUCAUCAUGGACAUCCCACAAACUCCACUUGUCAUUGGGAUUUCCUAUUUCAUCACCAGCCUAAGCUAUGCCAACAGCUGCUUCAACCCUUUCCUGUACGCCUUUCUGGAUGACAGCUUCCGGAGGAGCUUUCGCAAACUGAUGGAUUGCAGAACUGCCUCAUAGAGCCAACCCAGCCCUCUGUCCUGCCCUGUCCUGUGUCCCUUUCACAGCUGCUUUUCCUGGGUGAUCCCAGCCCAGAGAGCGCUUUCUCUCCAGCCUCCUUGUGAUGACCCACAGGGCUUCAGGCUGUCUCACUGCCCAAGACAUGAACUGGGGCCAGGUGGAUCUUUCUCAACUGUCCUGCAGUCAUUUCCUUAGCACUGCUUUCCUCGCCCUGUUUGUUUUUGUUAGUUUAUUUGUUGCAGCUUUCUUUGCUUUUUAAUUCUUUCUCUCUGAUGCUCUCUCUGACCUGAGUUUGGAGCUCACAAAACUGCCAUAGGUCCGUUUUCCCUUUUCAAAGGCACUGCUUUGUGAACUCAAGUCACACGCCUGUCUCAGUUAUUGGUGAUUUGUAAACCCCAAUAAAAGUG